UUCCCCAAGCAGUCUCGAUUCCCACAAGUUCCCCUCUCUAUUCAAAUCCGCUUAAUGCUAUUUUUUUCCCCAAUUUAAUCACCAGCCUACGUCUUUUUUUCGUAUUGUUGUUUCUUUCAAAUGAUAUUCCAACUGGAGAGUUAGUUAGUCAUACAAGCGGAGGAGUAUUGGAAGCCCAGAUGGGGGAGGUGAGGAAGCUGCAGAAGAAGUUAAGGCAGAUUGAGAACCUGGAAAUAAAAAUCAGUCUCACCCCAGAGGAGGAAUUUAAGAUCUCCAGGAAGGAGGAGCUGCGUCGCAGAUUGGCUGAGCUUCAGCUGCAGCUCUGUGGCCCACAGCGAACUCUGGGGAUCCGGGCAGACGGCGAGGAGGCAGAGAUGAAAAGACAAGCGGACGACGCUCCCGAGGCCUUUCUAUCACAAACGCCUCCGGCCUCAAAGAUCCUGAGGGGCGAAGACGAGAAGUGUAAAUGUGAAGCCGGGCCGGCGCCGCCUGCUACGCGUAAGGCGACAGGAGGAACGGCGAAGACGGCCCAGAGGCAGGAAAGGACACAGAAUGUCACCGUGUCACAUCACGGCGGGCGGGACACGCCAGAAGACGGUCCGGACCACGACGACGGGGAGCAGGAAGAUGCUGACUUCACAGCCCUUAAAAUGUGUUGGCAGAAAUCAAAGUUCCGCCUGAGGCUGUUGGAGGGUCACAACGACAUCAUCACCUGUGUGGUUGCUGUUGACAACCUGGUGGUUUCUGGCAGCCGAGAUACGACCGUCAAGGUGUGGCAUGUUCCCACGGCAACGGAGCAGAAGAACCUGGGGGGUCACACUGCCGGGGUCACCUGCCUGUCUGCCCCUCCCCCUGAGUACUGCAAGAAGCUGGCCUGGUUGUUGUCGCUGUCAGAAAAGGAGAGGUUUAUUUUGAGCGGCUCGGCAGACUGCAACGUCAAGAUCUGGGCCCUGAGCAUCGGGCAGUGUGUAAAGUCGAUCUACACGUUCAACGCUGUGACGGCGCUCUGCUUUGUGCCUGAGGGAGACGGCUACAUCAUCACUGGCUCAGACGGGGGCAAAGUUCAAGCCUGGAACUGGCACACUUUGGACAACUGCCAGUCAAUCAACGCACACCAGGAAGCAGUCACCUCCAUCCAGUCUCAGGGGCCGCUGGUGUUCAGCGGUUCGACCGAUGGUGGUGUGUCCGUGUGGGAGAACCGCUAUUCCGACCGAGACCCCCUGAGGCUGCUGCACCGCUGGAGCGGCCAGGUGACGGGCUGCGAGGGAGGGCGUGUCAGCCUCAGCCCCCGGGGGGAUAAAGUGCUCCUGGCGUACGGUCAGGCGUGGAUCAAAAUCCUGCACUGGAAGACGGGAACCAUAUCCAAGCUGACCAAUCACAGCAGCAUCACCGGGGUGACAGACUGUGUCCACCAAACAGCCGGCCUCCUAAUCGGCUCUUGCUAUGAUCUGUCCGAUGGAGAGAGUAUGUUAAAUUUGUUUUCUGUGCCUCAGUGUCGCUACCUGGCCUCGCUGACCUGGCAGCGUGCGCCCAGAAUCCUUUGCUUCGCGGCGUGGACCACAGGGAGCGGAUACCACCGCUGGGUCACGGGAGGGCGCGACCUCGUCGUGUGGGAGCAGCUCCCCAGCUCCGGGAAGCAGAGGGGGGACGUCACUGUGAGGACAGACAGGCCGAUUAGAAUCGCCUCUGGAAUCCGAGGGGGACACGGAAGAUGACGAGCAGACGGACGACGACUACCUUGAUGACGACGAGGACGGAAGACAAGGAGAAGAAGCUGAUGGGGAGUCCAUCUCCUGGUUACGCUGCCUUCUUCAGUGAGGACUGAAAGCAUCAAGGACCAUUAUUAGGUCUGGACUGUAAAUAUUAGCUUGCACUUACAAUAAAACAUCACAGCCCCUAAUGUGUAUCUUAAUUGUGUGAAGAUGAAAAAUAUUCGAUUUAUUAUGAAGUAAUUUUUAUACUUGACUGCUGCUCUUCCAUAUUUUUCAAAUGAUUCGAACCUAAAAACAUCCAAUAGUCUUUUUUUCAACACCUAUUCAAUUCCAACAAUUUCCGCAACAAAAUUCCUAUUGAAAAUGAAUGUAUUUUUUGUUUCAGAGUCCCAUCAUUUUCUACCGAUUCAACCCAGUCCAGCGUGAAAGGAUUCUGUUCAUUCAGGCAAAGAAUUUUUUGACGACGCAAAACUUUUCUGUGCCAAAAUUCCAUUGAAAAUGACGCGCAAUUUCUUAACUGUUUCAAACAUGAAAACACUCAGCCUACGUCCUGCAUGUUAAAUAGAGAUGUUCGAUAAUGGCUUUUUUGCCGAUAUCCGAUAUUCCAAUAUUGUCCAACUCUUUAUUACCGAUUCUGAUAUCAACGUGGAAUUAACACAGUAUUAUGCCUAAUUUUGUUGUGAUGCCCCGCUGGAUGCAUUAAACAAUGUAACAAGGUUUUCCAAAAUAAAUCAACUCAAGUCAUGGAAAAAAAUGCCAACAUGGUACUGCCAUAUUUAUUAUUGAAGUCACAAAGUGCAUUAUUUUUUUAACAUGCCUCA